ACGGGAUGGGGAUAGGAUAUCCCUAUCCCUCCCAUAGAUAAUAAUACAAAAUACAAAUACAUGGGUAUCCUGUGCGGGAUUUUAGUUAGACAUUAUGUAAAUUUAUUUCCCACAUAUAAUUCCAAUUUCUUUAUUUCAAGAUUUCAAGUCUUCAAACAAUCUAAUAGUUUUAAUGAUAAGAAAUAUAUAUGUAAGAACCUGGUAUAGGUAAUUUAUUUACAAUCUAUUACUGGGUUGGUACGCGCCCACCUGCCGAAUCCAGAUUGAAUUGAAGCGAGAAUUCAUGGAGAAGUCUUUCUUCAGCUUUCCUUUAUUUUCAUGAUAUCCUUGAUACAUCGGUAUAUUAUUGUUAGGUAUAAUACAUUCGUUUUGCUAUCAAAUUCAUGGAACAAAUUAUGGAAAAUCAUUCUGCGUGGGUUUUAUGCCCUUCCAAGAAGUUUCCUGGAAGAUAUUAUUAUUUCAACACUCAAACUGGAGAGAACGCGUGGACUUGGACUGUGCCUUCAGGGCAAACUCAAGAUGGGAGAACAGCUGAAAAUCCCAAACAGAGGCGAACUCCAGAUGGGAGAGCAGUAGAAAAUACCAGACAGACGCAAACUCCAGAUGGGAGAACAGCAGAAAAGACACAAUCCUCAUUUGGCAAAGUUGAAUUUCCUAAAUAUCUUCACAAAAAGGCCAUAAAUCUUAGGAAAAAUUGUGCAUUAAAAAAAAGUAAUUUCAACAAACCAAAUGCCCCUGUAAAUAAUCCAAAUCUAACAUCUGGAAGCAGGAAAUCUGAACACCUACAGUUUAAAUCAAUUUUGAAUAAUCCAUUUUCAUUGAGACACUCAGAAUCAUUAAAGACAGACAGUAAGCAACUUUGUGAAGAGAGUCAUUCAAGAAUAAGUGUUUUUGAACCUUUAUUUGAUGAUAAUUUUUUACCAAAACGUCGAUCAAGCAUAGACAUUGAUGAACUUGGUCAAGCCAUGAAAAAAGCUCGGAUAUGUUCCCCUUCUUCAAGUAUCUCGGAGAAAGAUAAUUUUGAAUGGAAUCCAGAUAAAGUAAAAACUCUUGUGGAAUUUGAUGACGACUCGUCAUCAUCGACGACCCGAAAUCGCUGGCACAGAAAUGAAGAUGUGAAAGUUUGCAUAAAUUUUCUGCGCAAUCUUUCAAAAUCCGAGUACACAGAUGCCUGGUAUUUAGUACCCGACGUAGAGGUCCUGUUAGAAAAUUUAAAUUUCAUUAAAGAAUUCAUUGCUGGCGAUCGAACAUGCUCGCUGCUGACACCAGCUAUUGUGCUAGCAAAACUGCAAUCCCUACGCGACGACUAUCGUACGCCAAACGCUGGCCAAGUAUAUCUGUGGCUGGUUGAAAACUCCGUGUGUGAAACUAACAAUCAUCUAGAUUGUUCUCUAGAUAAUGUUACAGUGCACAAACAAAUAAUUGAAUAUUGUAUACAAGCGAACACAUUCCAUUUGGUUAUAAUUACAAAGAGUAAGAGCUUGUGGGAUCAAGCUAGAAGAAAAGACAUUCACGUCUAUUAUUUGAAUGCGCUAAAAAUAAUAAAUCCAAAGGAAAAUCUGUUUCUUCUCGACCCGGACAGCGCUGAAACUUUUAAAUGGCCGACAUCACCGACCGUCCCUAAGGAGUGUAAUAGUACAAAAAGUGCGUACGAAAAUUUCGAAAUUUGCGUUAACCAAAGUGGUGAAAGAAGUUUUAUCCUAUUUAGUUCUACUUCUGAUGAAAAAGAAAAUUCAAUGAACGUCUUUGAAGGAAAUGUAAAGAAAAAUGAUGUCAGCACAUCAGCUCAAAUAAACUUUGAAGGUCACUCUGUAGAGAGUAAUUUACGGGAAUUCUGUACGAAACACGCAAAUUUGCAGGCAAAUGUUGACAAAAUAGUCGAUGAGUGCACUUGUAGCUUCCUGCAGAUAAUGGAAUAUUGUUUGCACAACAUAUUGCAGCGCCUUCCUGAAACGCAGUUCGACCCGCCAUAUUGGUUAUACGAAGGCUUACGAUUUUUAAAAGAACGUUAUUAUCAAAAUAAAGUGCUGUGCGAAAUCGUAGACCGUUUGAUAUCGAUGUGUGGAUUUUAUGUAAGCAAUGAUAUACUGCGACCAAAUAUAAAGUCCGACCAAUUCAUACAAAUAUUGGGCGCUGGAAGUUUACUUGUUAAGGAGUUAGAAAAAAUAUCACAGUUCCCAGAGUUAAGUGAGAGUAAAGAAAUGUUAACACACUUGAUUGAAAGCAUACAGACGUCUGAGGAGUUUCCAGAAGAACUGUAUAUAAGCUUAAAACGCCGUCGGCGAAUCGGGGACCUUACCUUUCGCAUGGAAAGAGAUGAGACUGCAGAGAACACAAGUUGCGACCGUUUCGUCAGCCGCACCGAAAGAACAUCCCAGCACGAGGUGAUCACCAAUACUGAACCUGAUUACAACAUAUCCCUGCUGCAACAGAAUCAACACAACUUUUUCGAUGUAGAAGGCUGCAGUGGAUCCAUCAAGCUAUUUCGUAAUGAUGUGGUAGAUGGGAAUAAUUCGAAUCAAGACAAGACUAUUCAAUCAACUGCUUCAAAUCAACACAACACUAUUCAAUCAACUGGUUCAACUCAAGACAAGAUUGUUCAAUCGGCUGGUUCAAAUCAAUACAAGACUCUUCAAUUAACUGGUUCGAAUGAAUUCAAAACUAUUCAGUCAAUUUGUUCCAAUCAAUACAAGGCCAUUCAAUCAACUGGCUCAACUCAAGGCAAGACUAUUCAGUCAAUUUGUUCAAAUCAAAACAAGGCCAUUCAAUCAACUGGCUCAACUCAAGGCAAGACUAUUCAAUCAACUGGUUUUAAUCAAUACAAGACUAUUCAAUCAUCUGGUUCAAAUCAAGACGAGAUUAGUCAAUCAAUACCAUGCAACCAGAAUAAAUCGGAUGUAAUAUUGCAACACAAUCAAGAUAUGCUAAUAAGUAGUAAUGUAGUAAGCUAUGAAUCUGGAUCCAGUAACAUCCAAAACGAAGACAUCCGAACGAAUGGCAUCUCGCAAAGAAAUGACAAUGGCGACCCUGUGUUUCAGAAAUUGGAAAACAUGGUGGACACUAUGAGAAUAGCUUUAACCAGAAUGAAGCGUUUCAUUGAAGUCGUAAUGGAAGAAUUAAACAAAGGCGAAAUUCCCGAGAGAAGAAAGGAACGCUUAAGAGAGACAAACGACAGGUUUAUAGAUUGUACCACUGGGUUGGUCUAUUCAUUAAAACAAAUUCUAAAGAGGGAAAAUCCUAAUGACCCCAACUUUGGAAAAACAUUUGCUGUCCAAAAUCCCCUAUACACAGAGUGCAUUGAACGUUGCCUGGAGCAAUUUGAAUAUACGCGCAUAGCGUUCGGCUAUAUAUCAGAGGCCUUAAAAUAGUACUAAGAUAUAAGUCAAACAAGUAUUUUAUAGUCUAUAUUACGCCUUUUUAAGGUUCCCUACUAAAACAAGGAACUUUGAUCUGAAUUAUUGGAACUGACUGAAUCUAACACAUUAUUUUAGUUGCGACAAUGUGUUUUAGGCUAUAGUAAGAGAGUGACGGCAUCAAGGGUUACUACUUAAAUUAAAAAAGAGAACUAGGACUCAAAACUCAAAUCAGUUAUUCAAAGUAGUUAUUAUUGUAUUCCAUUUGAUGGUCAGAAUUGUAAGAUUUGUAAGGUGAUGAUUAUUAAUUAUACGUAAACUUAAAACUAAAGAUACUAAGACUGAUUGUGAUAUUAGUUUAAAUCAUUAUAAUUCAAUAUAAUUGAAUAUUAUAAUUAUUACUUCAUUACUCAUAAUGACAUCCUCAAUCAUAUUUGACCACUUCAGCAAAAAUCAUAAAAUUUUUCAUUUAGCUUUACCAACAAAACUUGAGAAGUUUCCUUAGCGCGCUCUCCAUAUAAACGUAGUUGGGUUUCAUUUCAAUAUUAGAUUAGAUUUGAUUAUUAAAUGCAAAAUUGUAUGUACAAAUGGGUCUUCAAAUUAUAAAAGUCCAAUUACAAUCUGCCACGCAAUGGCGCGCAAUUUUUGAGUAGUGCAUUUUUAUAGUUAUAAUGUCAAAGAACAAACAUGUUUUCAAAAAAUAUUUGAAAAUAUUUUCAAAAAAUAUUCCAAAAUGUUUUCAAAAAUCUUUCGAAAUUUAAUUGAAAAAACAUAGUUUCGUUUGUGAUUGGGUGGUGCCUCAAAUUGUUAGCGCACACUGAGAUUUUUGUCAUCAUUUGUGUAAGAUAUUAUCUAUCAUUCUAUCUAUGAUAGACUCUAUCAUUUGUAUUAGAUUACGUAACAGAGAAAGCGUUAUUAAGCGUUAAUUUCUUUCCGUGGAUAGGGCAUAGUAAGUCUAUAUUUUUCCAUUAGUCUUUUAAGUACAGACUGUUUAGUCUUAAGAUGACAAAACAAAAAAUGUGUACCUACAUACUUAACAUUAUAAUCUUCCUCAAAAGUGUGAUAAAAUAAUAUAUUAUACUUUUUAUUAUAUAAGUAGGUAUUAUAUUUAUUAGUGUAAGAAAUAUUAAGUUUUCUAGAAAUUUUAUCAGUAGAUAUCGUAAUUUAUUUUGUAAUAAUAUUAAUUUCCUGUCUAUAUUUUACCAUUACUUGUAUGUGCAAACUGUUUAACCUUAA